AUGACUUGGUCUUUACCCUCAUUCCCGUAUCCGCCCGCAAAGGACGGAUACUGGGAGCCCGUCACCUCCACUUUGAACUGGUGCGAAGAGGACUACUAUGCGACUGAGUAUGCUGCUGAGAUCGUGAAUGCUUUAACGAACCUGAUGUUCAUGUGGCUCGGCGUCCAGGGUAUCCUGAGCUGUCGUCGCAAUGGACAUGACCAGAUCUUUACCGUCGCACUGCUGGGAUACCUGAUUGUCGGGACAGGGAGCUUCUUUUUCCACUCGACCUUGAAAUGCAAGUAUCCGAUGCAACUGGUCGACGAACUUUCUAUGAUUUACACUACCUGUCUCAUGGCCUAUGCCUUGUUUUCAUAUGCCCGCUCCACAACCGUGCGAAUCUGGCUCGGUCUUUCCCUCGCCGGACUCGCCGUGUUUAUUACCCUAUACUAUCACUAUCUGCAAGACCCAGUCUUCCACCAGAACGCCUACGCGCUCUUGACUACCGUCGUCGUCCUGCGUAGUAUGUACAUCAUGGAGGUGACCCUUCGGCCCAAAUGGCGCCACUCGACUGAGGAGGAUCGUCUGGCACGCCAGAAGAAGGGUCUCCCCGUGCCGACCAAGGAGCGCCAGCACUAUGAAAACGUGCGUGAUGCCAAAACACUCAAGACCAUGUGGUUUAUGGUAACAUACGGGCUGAGCAUGUUCUUGGGCGGUUUCUUCAUUUGGAAUUUGGAUAAUAUUUUCUGUUCUGAGAUCCGCCGGAUGCGCCGCAGUGUCGGUCUGCCGUGGGGUAUCUUUUUGGAAGGUCAUGGCUGGUGGCACGUCAUGACCGGUAUUGGUGCAUAUCUCUACAUCGUCUGGGGCAUCUGGCUCCGCCACUGCCUCAACAACCGACAAGACGAAUACCACCUACGGUGGGCGCACUUCUGGCAGAUCCCAGAGGUGGUCCGCACUUCGGGUGCAACAUCUGGAAAUGUCACUCGGGCCAAGAAGUCUACCUGA